AUGUCUGACGUUUCUGAUGUUUCUGAAAGAGAAUCAACAACAAAUGAGAAACCACCUCAAGUUGUUGACACUUCUUCCUCUUCUGAAGAAGAAUCCGAUGAUGAUGAUAUCGAUGCUUUAAUCGAUGAAUUACAAUCAAACCAAGGUGAUGAUGAAGAUGGUGACGAUUCAGAUGGUGGUGCUGCCGCUGCCGGUGAAGCCAGAGUCAUCCCUGAAUCCAUGCUACAAACAGACCCUGCUUACGGUCUAUCUUCCGAUGAAGUCGCAAGAAGAAGAAAGAAGUACGGUUUGAAUCAAAUGUCUGAAGAAAAUGAAUCUUUAGUCGUCAAAUUCAUCAUGUUUUUCGUCGGUCCAAUUCAAUUCGUUAUGGAGGCCGCCGCUAUCUUGGCUGCCGGUUUGUCCGAUUGGGUCGAUUUCGGUGUUAUCUGUGGUUUACUAUUAUUAAACGCUGGUGUUGGUUUCGUUCAAGAAUUCCAAGCCGGUUCCAUUGUCGAAGAAUUAAAGAAAACUUUGGCCAACUCCGCCAUCGUCAUUAGAGAUGGUCAAUUGGUCGAAGUUCCAGCUAACGAAGUCGUUCCAGGUGAUAUCCUACAAUUGGAAGACGGUGUCAUUAUUCCAGCUGAUGGUCGUAUUGUCACUGAAGAUUGUUUCGUUCAAAUCGAUCAAUCUGCUAUUACUGGUGAAUCUUUAGCCGCUGAUAAACAUUACGGUGAUCAAACUUUCUCCUCCUCCACUGUUAAGAGAGGUGAAGCUUUCAUGGUCAUUACCGCUACUGGUGAUAACACUUUCGUUGGUAGAGCCGCUGCCUUGGUUAACAAGGCUUCCGGUGGUCAAGGUCAUUUCACUGAAGUCUUGAACGGUAUUGGUAUCAUUCUAUUGGUCUUGGUUAUUGUCACUCUAUUAUUGGUUUGGACCGCUUCCUUCUACAGAACUGACGGUAUCGUUAGAAUCUUGAGAUACACUUUAGGUAUUACCAUUGUCGGUGUCCCAGUUGGUUUACCAGCUGUCGUUACCACUACCAUGGCUGUCGGUGCUGCUUACUUAGCUAAGAAGCAAGCUAUUGUUCAAAAAUUAUCCGCCAUUGAAUCUCUUGCUGGUGUCGAAAUCUUGUGUUCUGAUAAGACUGGUACUUUAACCAAGAACAAGUUGUCUCUACACGAACCAUACACCGUCGAAGGUGUCUCCGCUGAUGAUUUAAUGUUAACUGCUUGUUUGGCUGCUUCCAGAAAGAAGAAGGGUUUAGAUGCUAUCGAUAAGGCUUUCUUAAAGUCAUUGGCCCAAUACCCUGCUGCUAAGAACGCUUUGACUAAAUACAAGGUCUUGGAAUUCCAUCCAUUCGACCCUGUCUCCAAGAAGGUUACCGCUGUCGUUGAAUCUCCAGAAGGUGAAAGAAUCAUUUGUGUUAAAGGUGCUCCAUUAUUCGUCUUGAAGACCGUUGAAGAAGAUCACCCAAUCCCAGAAGAUAUUCAUGAAAACUACGAAAAUAAAGUUGCCGAAUUAGCCUCCAGAGGUUUCAGAGCCUUAGGUGUUGCUAGAAAGAGAGGUGAAGGUCACUGGGAAAUCUUAGGUGUUAUGCCAUGUAUGGAUCCUCCAAGAGAUGAUACUGGAGAAACUGUCGCUGAAGCUAGACGUUUAGGUUUAAGAGUCAAGAUGUUAACUGGUGAUGCCGUUGGUAUUGCUAAGGAAACUUGUAGACAAUUAGGAUUGGGUACCAAUGUUUAUAACGCUGAAAGAUUAGGUUUAAGUGGUGGUGGUGAUAUGCCAGGUUCUGAAUUAGCUGAUUUCGUUGAAAACGCCGAUGGUUUCGCUGAAGUUUUCCCUCAAGAUAAAUAUAGAGUUGUUGAAAUUUUACAAACAAGAGGUUACUUGGUUGCUAUGACUGGUGAUGGUGUUAACGAUGCUCCAUCUUUGAAGAAGGCUGAUACCGGUAUUGCUGUCGAAGGUGCUACUGAUGCCGCUAGAUCCGCUGCCGAUAUUGUUUUCUUAGCUCCUGGUUUAUCUGCUAUUAUUGAUGCUUUGAAGACUUCCAGACAAAUUUUCCACAGAAUGUACUCUUAUGUUGUUUACCGUAUUGCCCUAUCCAUUCAUUUGGAAAUUUUCUUAGGUCUAUGGAUUGCCAUUUUGAACAACUCUUUGGAUAUUAACUUGAUUGUUUUCAUCGCUAUUUUCGCUGAUGUUGCUACUUUGGCUAUUGCUUACGAUACUGCUCCAUACUCUCAAACUCCAGUUAAAUGGGAUCUACCAAGAUUAUGGGCUAUGUCUGUUAUCUUAGGUAUUAUUUUGGCUAUCGGUUCUUGGAUUUGUUUGACUACUAUGUUCUUACCAAAGGGUGGUAUCAUUCAAAAUUUCGGUGCUAUGGACGGUAUUAUGUUCUUGCAAAUUUCAUUGACUGAAAACUGGUUGAUUUUCAUUACAAGAGCUGUUGGUCCAUUCUGGUCUUCUAUCCCAUCUUGGCAAUUAGCCGGUGCCGUCUUCGGUGUCGAUAUUAUUGCUACCAUGUUUACUUUAUUCGGCUGGUGGUCUCAAAACUGGACUGAUAUUGUUACUGUCGUCCGUACCUGGAUCUGGUCUAUUGGUGUCUUCUGUGUCAUGGGUGGUGCUUACUACCAAAUGUCCGAAUCUGAAGCUUUCGAUAGAUUAAUGAACGGUAAGCCAUUGAAGGAAAAGAAGGACACUAGAUCUGUUGAAGAUUUCCUUGCUGCUAUGCAAAGAGUUUCUACUCAACACGAAAAGGAAAUGUAA